AUGGGGGACACCGACCUAGACUACAGCAUCCUCUUCCCGGAGCCCGGCCUGUCAGAUUCUCGGUGGGACCAGCAGAGGGAGCCGGUGGUGAUUCUUCUCGGCUGGGCAGGCUGCAAGGAGAAGCAUCUGGCUAAAUACAGCCACUUCUACCGCCAGCAGGGCUGCAUCGUCAUUAGUCACACGGCAGCAUGGAGGACGGUGUUCUUCGCGGAGUCGUUCGGCCUGCGUCACCUGCGGGAGGAAGCGAAGAAGCUGCUCGAUCUUCUCUUCGAUUAUGAGGUGGAGGUGAACCCCGUCUUGUUUCACGUCUUCAGCAAUGGCGGCUUCAUGCUGUACCGCUACAUCACCGAGCUGCUGCACUCCGACGCCAAGAUGAGGGCGCUGCAGGUGGUCGGAGCCGCCUUCGACAGCGCGCCAGGGAACCGCAACGUCUACGGCUCAGUGCAGGCGCUCAACACCAUCCUCAGACCCCGCAUCGGCCGGCCCCUGCGGUACCUGGUCCUGGCCGCGUUCGCCAUCAUGGUGUUCGUCCUCCGCAUCGUCCUUUAUCCGAUGACCCGCUUCCUGCACGAGAACCACUACGACGCCAUGAAGAGAGACCCCUCCCUCUGGCCGCAGCUCUACCUCUACUCCCGUGCCGACCGCAUCAUCUCCUACCGAGACGUGGAGACCGUGGUGACCGCCCGCCGCCAGCGCCGCCUGCCCACCGACAGCGUGGACUUCCAGAAGUCGGAACACGUCAGCCAUUACCGCCGCUAUCCCGAGAGGUACUCCAGCGCCUGCGUCACCUUCCUGACGGACUGCAUCAACAGGGCGGCCAAGUCUUCCUUCCUGAGUGACCACCCCAUGUUUUAG